UGGGCUCCAGUCUCUUGGACUUAUCAGUAUCCAACUUUUAACUCAUUCUUUAUAUCAUUUUCUGAGUUUUCUCAUUCACAAAAAAUCAAGACUAGUUUAAACUUGGACUAGCAAUUUCAGUAACAAGAUUAGCUUCAUCGAUGCUGCAGAUGUGUCCGAGCUGGCAGCGAUGAAAGCUCCGGUUUAGACCGUGGAACGCGUCAAGUCAAGUAGGGACAGUCUGCUCUAGGACAAGAGACGCAGUUGCCAUUACUAUGUUGUAAGCUACUUCUGUUUUUUGUCUGCUUGUAUGAAUGAAUUUUACACUCGAUUUUUCUGCACCGAGAUAGAGAGCCCGUUUAGAGAUCUAGCACCAUGAAAACAUUCUAUGGAGUUGUUGUCUCUUCACUUGUUAUUACAGCAUCCUUGUUGUCUGAAACGCCUCGUGCAAUGGACACCAUAGCUGCUACCGAUGUCAUUAGAGACGGAGACGGAGACACUGUAGUUUCAUCCGGUGGGAGCUUUGUGAUGGGCUUUUUCAGCCCGGGAAACUCCGAGAAUCGGUAUGUAGGCAUAUGGUACAAUAAGUUGUCGGUUCAGACCCCUGUUUGGGUUGCCAAUCGAGAAGUUCCACUCACAAACACAUCAGGUGUGUUGAAAUUCGUUGAACCGGGAAUCUUGGCUCUUCUCGAUGAGUCUAAAGGUGUCGUUAUCUGGUCAGCCAAUGCGUCGUCUACUGUGAGGAAUCCCAUUGCUCAGCUGCUCGAUUCUGGAAACCUUGUUGUCAGAGAUGUGAAUGAUCCUAAAAACUUCCCCUGGCAGAGCUUUGAUCAUCCAACUGACACCCUUCUUCCGGGGAUGAAGCUUGGUUGGGACUAUGCAGCUGACGUGGAGUUCUACCUCUCGUCGUGGAAGAGCUACGACGAUCCAGCAUCUGGAGAUUAUACAUACCACUGUGAUCCCACCGGGUAUCCACAAAAUGUCUUGAGAAAAGGUAGAGAUAAGAGGUACAGUACUGGACCUUGGAAUGGCCUCACCUUCAGUGGCUUACCGGGAUUAAGCAGAAAUCCGGUUUUCAAAUUCGGAUUAGUUAUGAACGAGAACGAGGUUUACUAUCAUUAUGAGCUCCUCAACAACUUGGUGAUUUCGAGGUAUACUUUGAGUCAGAGUGGUGUUGGUCAGAGGUGGAGUUGGGAUGACCAAACGCAAAGUUGGCGAAUUUAUCUCACUGCACCUACUGAAAACUGUGAUUUUUACAAUCUAUGUGGCUCGUAUGGCAUUUGUAACACGGCCGUGUGUGGAUGCUUGGACAAAUUCGUGCCCAAGGAUGAAGGGAGUUGGGAGCGUGGGAACUGGUCGGGUGGGUGCGUUCGUAGAAAACCUUUGAACUGUCCGAGUGAUGGUUUUGUGAGGUAUUCCGGUAUCAAGCUGCCAGACACGGAACAUUCUUGGUAUAACCGGAGUAUGAAUCCCGAUGGGUGCAAGGAGUUAUGCUUCAAGAAUUGCUCUUGCAUGGCUUACACAAUCAUAGAUGCGAAUGCAGGAGGCCACACGUGUUUGCUUUGGCUCGGUGACCUAGUCGACAUCAAGGGGCUGUCUGCAGGUGGACAAGAUAUCUACAUUCGAAUGGCUUCUUCUGAAUUAGAAUCUAAAGGGAGUAGAAGGAAAGUAGUUAUCGUGGUUUUGACUGUGGUGGUAACGUCGUUAGUUUUGCUAUGCCUCGGACUAAUUCUGUAUUCUCAGAGAAGAAAAAAGAUCGAUCUUUCUCUUAGGAAAGGAGGCAGCCUUAGGCCCGAAGAUGUGAAAGAUUUUGACGACGAAAGCCAUAGCAGAGACUUGGAGCUGCCUCUUUUCGAACUGUCAACAAUAUAUAGAGCUACCGACAAUUUCUCAUUCAAUAGUAAGAUUGGAGAGGGUGGAUUUGGACCUGUUUAUAAGGGUUUGCUGGAAGGGGGGCAGGAGAUUGCUGUCAAAAGAUUAUCAAGAACUUCCCUUCAAGGUGUAAACGAGUUCAAGAACGAAGUGAUCUGCGUCGCAAAGCUGCAGCACCGGAAUCUGGUGAAGCUUCUCGGGUGCUGCAUUUGUGGGGAAGAAGAAGAAUACCUCUUGAUCUAUGAGUACAUGCCUAACAGAAGUCUGGACUUGAUUCUAUUCGAUCCAUUGGGGAGCAAGUUGCUCGGUUGGCCUAAGCGCUACGACAUCAUCAACGGCAUUGCCCGAGGCCUUCUGUAUCUCCAUCAAGACUCGCGUCUCAGGAUCAUCCACCGGGACCUCAAAGCCAGCAACGUGUUGCUGGAUUCCGACAUGAACCCCAAGAUAUCGGACUUCGGGCUAGCUAGGAGCUUCGGAGGGAACGAGACCGGAGCCAACACGAGCAGAGUUGUGGGAACAUACGGAUAUAUGUCCCCGGAAUACGCAGUAGACGGCCUCUUCUCGGUGAAAUCGGAUGUCUUCAGCUUCGGUGUCCUCGUGCUCGAGAUUGUGAGUGGCAAGAGAAACAGAGGAUUCUCUCACAGAGAUCACUUCCACAACCUUCUCGGACAUGCGUGGAUGCUCCACAGGGAAGGGAACGCGUUGGAGCUGAUCAAGUCGUAUCACAUCAAGCCCGACUACUCAUCAGAAGUGGCGAGAGCAAUACACGUCGGCCUCCUAUGCGUUCAGCAGAGCCCCGACGACAGGCCAACCAUGUCUUCGGUGGUUCUGAUGCUGGGCAAUGAAGGUGAGCUGCCGCAACCUAAAAAACCCGGUUUUUUCACGGAGAGAGACGUCACCGACAUCGAGACCUCGAUCAGUAGCUCGAAUGCUCACCUUUCGACGAAUGAGAUGAGCAUUACGCUGCUCGAGGCUCGAUGAAAAAAAUCAGUGCCCUUGAUUUUCCAUAAGUUUUGGAAAUUGGGAAAUAUUUGCAUUGUAAUCACUAGUUUUGUUGAAGGAUUUGCAUUGGUUUCUACUUUAGGUUACAAGAUUGAUUGUGCCAAGAGGCCUAAAACAGUGAUAAUAGUCAUUCAUUCAUCAAAAGCAAAAAUUUUGGGACA